AUGAAUACUCCUAAAUACAUACAGAGAUCAGAGCACCUGACCGACGACGCUUUCACAGUCAGGUGUGACGUGGUCAUCAUCAACGAGAUCCGCAUCGAGGACGCACCCACCGUCCGCAACCCGUUUGUCACCGUGCCACAAUCCAACCUGAUCCAGCACCUUGGCGACUUACUCAGGAGCAAGAAGGGCGCCGACAUGGUGUUUGAGGUCGGCGGCGACACUUUCUCCGUGCAUCGGUGCGUUCUCGCCGCCCGGUCACCGGUCUUCAGUGCAGAGCUCUUCGGUGCAAUGAAGGAGGGUGGCAGCGGCAGCAUCGUGCGUGUUGCCGACAUGGAGGCGCGGGUGGUCAAGGCGCUGCUCUCUUUCGUGUACAUCGACUCCUUGCCGGAGACAGAGGAUGAAGAGGACCAAGGCACCAUGUUCCAGCAACUACUUGUCGCGGCUGACAGGUACGACCUUGGGUGGCUCAAGCUGAUCUGCGAGGAAAAGCUGUGCGCACAUAUCGAUGUGUUCACGGCGGCGACCAUUCUAGUGAUCGUGGAGCAGCACCACUGCCAUGGGCUGAAGAAAACUUGCAUUGAGUUCCUCAGCACCCCGGUGUCGAGAUCACAUGAAGGUCUUAAAUACCUAGAGAAGCAGGACAAGUCCAUGUCGGUGUACUUUGUUGCACUGGUUGUUGGAGUUGUGUUUCCCACCUUUGGUGUUUAUGUCGCAUUAAUUAGGACCGUGUAG